GUUCGACUUCGAUCGAAGCAAUGCAUUCCUCACGCUGUCGCAUCCCGUUUCCAACUCGGCGGCUCGCCCUUGAUCGCCUUCUUCGAAGGUUCGCUCCGUUUGUCGCUCUCGGUUGCUGUGAAGUAUCUCGCUAUCGCCCCCCUGGGCCCUAAUCGGUGAUCUUCCGAGAAGUUUCGCGCGAUCGGUACCCCUUAUAUAGCUCCGGAAGCAAAUGGGGUUUGAUUGUAUUCUCGGAACCUCUUGAGCAGAUCUGCCGCUUUGAUUCCUUUAGACGGUGGAAAAUAUGGCGUUUUGAGAAUCUACAAGUUAGGAUUCUGGUGAUUUCUUGUAUCGGGGAUAUAUAUGGAUAUGGCAGGGGUCCGGCGUGGUGAAGCGAAUGCAUCUUUUGCUGGAGUCCUAGUUUUCUAUGCUUUGAAAUCCCAAUACCAUGGACAUGAAGUACAUUGGGAGCAUUACAAUCCUAGUAUACUUACAAUAUUGAGCAAUUACUUGUGGAAGCACAACAUCGAUGGCUACGCCCUGCUGAAAUCUGUGAAAUACUUCAGAACCAUAGGAAAUUUCGUAUAGCACCAGAACCUCCAAAUAAACCUCAGAGUAUGAAGUCAAGUGGAUCCCUAUUUCUAUUUGACCGAAAAGUGUUAAGAUACUUCAGAAAGGAUGGCCAUAACUGGAGAAAGAAAAAGGAUGGAAAAACGGUUAAAGAAGCUCAUGAGAGACUAAAAGUUGGAAGUGUUGAUAUGCUUCAUUGCUAUUAUGCUCACGGCGAAGAGAACGAAAAAUUUCAAAGGCGGAGUUAUUGGAUGCUGGAAGAUGAUCUCAUGCACAUUGUUCUCGUCCAUUAUCGUGAAGUCAAGGUUGAUAGACCAAGUCUCAGCCGUUCAGCAAGUCUUGGCCAUACAAGAGAUGAUCAAAUUCAACCACCUUCACAAAUCAUUGGCACUGAUAGCCCCAACAGUGCUCACACAUCAGAAUAUGAAGAUGCUGAAUCAGGUGCAACAUUUGCUACAUCUUAUUCAAAGCAAGACACGAAGCAGCAGAUAAUUGUCAGACAAGUUCCAGAUACCACUCUUUCACUAAGAUGCGGCGACAUGAUGAUUGACUAAUGAUCAUCUAGACUUUUUGAGCCCUUGCAUUCCAUUUCUAACGCAGCUUAUGUUUUGAUCCAACAUCCAAAGAUGAGCUCCUGGGAGAGUUUACAUAGGACAGGCUUCGAGAGACCAUCGGCGGGCAGCCCAUCACUGCGAUGUAACUCGACUCGACUCUUACAGGUUCAGUGUUCUGUUGCAGAUGCGCUGGAUCCGUUCAACCAGCAGCGGAGCCUAUCCGAUGUCUUCAAUGUGGUGGACCGGAUGCUGGAUAUUUUCCCAUUCGGGGCGGGAUGGCGUGGGGGGGGACGCGAGGGAGGACGACAGAGCGCUGUACCUUAAGGGGGAGAUGCCGGGACUCGGGAAGGACGACGUGCAGAGAAUAGCACGCUGGUGAUUAAAGGGGAGGCGUCUAAGGAGGGAGCGGAAUGCGGCGGAGGGGAACAAGGGGGAGACCAGGGAAGGGAAAUGGCGCGACGCAGGUACAGUAGCCGCAUCGAGCUUCCGGAGAAUCAGUAUGAUUCUGAGUCGUUGUCGUGCCAGCGGUGGUGCAGUGCACACGUCCGUGUGAUGUGGGUAGUGAACAGUUUGUAGUGUUUUUUUAACAAUCCUUAAAUUGCUAGCUUCCAAGAAAAAAAAGAAAGAGUGAAUGAUGGGUCUUCCGAAGCUAUUCGUUUGUUAAUUGUGAUCAGCAGAUAUUAGUAACGAUUUUACGCAUUCAAACAUCAAA